UGUAGCUAGUGAAGGGGUCUCAUGUCCGAGUCCAGCGAACUAAGUCCAGUAAUCUUAUACAACUUUGCCGUGCUGCCUCUAAUCCUUUACCCACUUUUUUUCUUCACAUGCUGAUAAUGAGGAUUCAUGGGUCUUGAGUCAGAGCACCAGCCUUGGGAACCCUGGACCACUAUCAUGGAGACUGAGAGUGAGCAGAACUCCAACUCCACCAAUGGGAGUUCCAGCUCAGGGGGCAGCUCUCGACCCCAGAUAGCUCAAAUGUCACUGUAUGAACGACAAGCAGUGCAGGCUCUGCAGGCCCUCCAGCGGCAGCCCAACGCAGCACAGUAUUUCCACCAGUUCAUGCUCCAGCAGCAACUCAGCAAUGCCCAGCUGCAUAGCCUGGCUGCUGUCCAGCAGGCCACAAUUGCUGCCAGUCGGCAGGCCAGCUCCCCAAACACCAGCACUGCACAGCAGCAGACCACCACCACUCAGGCCUCAAUAAAUCUGGCCACCACGUCGGCCGCCCAACUCAUCAGCCGAUCCCAGAGUGUGAGCUCUCCUAGUGCCACCACCUUGACCCAGUCUGUGCUACUGGGGAACACCACCUCCCCACCCCUCAACCAGUCCCAGGCCCAGAUGUAUCUACGGCCACAGCUGGGGAACCUGUUGCAGGUAAACCGAACGCUGGGCCGGAAUGUGCCUCUAGCCUCCCAACUCAUCCUGAUGCCUAAUGGGGCAGUGGCUGCAGUCCAGCAGGAAGUACCAUCUGCUCAGUCUCCUGGAAUUCAUUCAGAUGCAGACCAGGUGCAGAACUUGGCAGUGAGGAACCAACAAGCCUCAGCCCAAGGACCCCAAAUGCAAGGCUCCACUCAGAAGGCCAUUCCUCCUGGAGCGUCCCCUGUCUCUAGCCUCUCUCAGGCCUCUAGCCAGGCCCUGGCUGUAGCACAGGCUUCCUCUGGGGCCUCAGCCCAGUCCCUCAACCUUAGCCAAGCUGGCGGAGGCAGCGGGAAUAGCAUCCCAGGGUCCAUGGGUCCAGGUGGGGGUGGCCAGGCACCUGGGGGUUUGGGUCAGUUGCCUUCCUCAGGAAUUGGUGGUGGGAGCUGUCCCAGGAAGGGCACAGGAGUUGUGCAGCCAUUGCCUGCGGCACAAACAGUGACUGUGAGUCAGGGCAGCCAGACAGAGGCAGAAAGCGCAGCAGCCAAGAAGGCCGAAGCAGAUGGGAGUGGUCAGCAGAAUGUGGGCAUGAACUUGACACGGACAGCUACACCUGCACCCAGCCAGACGCUUAUUAGUUCAGCCACCUACACGCAGAUCCAGCCGCAUUCACUGAUUCAGCAACAGCAGCAGAUCCACCUUCAGCAGAAACAGGUGGUGAUCCAGCAGCAGAUUGCCAUCCACCACCAGCAGCAGUUCCAGCACCGGCAGUCCCAGCUCCUCCACACAGCCACACACCUCCAGCUGGCCCAGCAGCAGCAGCAGCAGCCACCACCACCGCCGCCGCCGCAGGCCACAGCCCUCCCUGCCCCUCCGCCCCCACAGGUCCCACCUGCCCAGGUCCAGCAACAAGCCCAAACUCUGGUGGUUCAGCCCAUGCUUCAGUCUUCACCGCUGUCCCUUCCCCCUGACCCAGCCCCCAAGCCACCAGUCCCCAUCCAAUCCAAAUCUCCCGCAGCACCGCUCAAGCCUCCUCAGUUGGGGGCUGCCAAGAUGUCUGCUGCCCCGCAACCACCUCCUCAUAUCCCCGUGCAAGUAGUAGGCACCCGACAGCCAGGUACAGCCCAGGCACAGGCUCUGGGGCUGGCACAGCUGGCAGCUGCUGUCCCCACUUCCCGAGGGAUGCCAGGUGCAGUGCAGCCUGGUCAGGCCCAUUUGGCUGCCUCGCCACCUUCAUCCCAGGCUCCUGGUGCACUGCAGGAAUGCCCUCCUACCUUGGCCCCUGGGAUGACCCUGGCUCCUGUGCAGGGGACGGCACAUGUGGUCAAAGGGGGGACUACCACCUCCUCGCCCGUUGUAGCCCAGGUCCCUGCUGCCUUCUACAUGCAGUCUGUGCACUUGCCGGGUAAACCCCAGACAUUGGCCGUCAAACGCAAGGCUGAGUCUGAGGAGGAGAGAGAUGAUGUCUCCACAUUGGGCUCAAUGCUUCCUGCCAAGGCAUCGCCAGUAGCAGAGAGCCCAAGGUCUGUGGAGGAGAAGAGCAGUCUUGGAGAGAAAGCUGAACCAGUGGCCAAUGUGAAUGCUAACACCCCAAGCAGUGACCUAGUAGCCUUGACCCCUGCUCCAUCCGUACCACCUCCUACACUAGCCAUGGUGUCCAGGCAAAUGGGUGACUCAAAACCCCCACAGGCCAUUGUGAAGCCCCAGAUUCUCACCCACAUCAUUGAAGGCUUUGUUAUUCAAGAAGGAGCAGAACCUUUCCCGGUGGGUUGUUCUCAGUUACUGAAGGAGUCUGAGAAGCCACUGCAGACUGGCCUUUCGACAGGGCUGGCCGAGAAUCAGUCAGGUGGCCCCUUGGGAGGAGACAGCCCCUCUACAGAGUUAGACAAGAAGGCGAACCUCCUGAAGUGUGAGUACUGCGGCAAGUACGCCCCUGCAGAGCAGUUUCGUGGCUCCAAGAGGUUCUGCUCCAUGACUUGCGCUAAGAGGUACAAUGUGAGUUGUAGCCAUCAGUUCCGGCUGAAGAGGAAAAAGAUGAAAGAAUUUCAAGAAGCCAACUAUGCUCGCGUUCGCAGGCGUGGCCCCCGCCGCAGCUCCUCUGACAUUGCCCGUGCCAAGAUUCAGGGCAAACGCCACCGGGGUCAAGAGGACUCUAGCCGGGGUUCAGAUAAUUCCAGUUAUGAUGAAGCACUCUCCCCAACUUCUCCUGGGCCUUUAUCAGUAAGAGCUGGGCAUGGAGACCGUGACCUGGGGAACCCCAAUACUGCUCCACCUACACCGGAACUACACGGCAUCAACCCUGUGUUCCUGUCCAGUAAUCCCAGCCGCUGGAGUGUAGAGGAGGUGUAUGAGUUCAUCGCUUCUCUCCAUGGCUGCCAAGAGAUUGCAGAGGAGUUUCGCUCCCAGGAGAUUGAUGGACAGGCUCUUUUAUUACUUAAAGAAGAACAUCUUAUGAGUGCCAUGAACAUCAAGCUGGGCCCUGCCCUCAAGAUCUGCGCCAAGAUAAAUGUCCUCAAGGAAACCUAAGGCUUAUAAAAGGCCCCCUGUCUAUUGAUUCCAUCCCUCUUUUGUGUCCAGUGGAGCCAUGUUAUCUUUAGUAGCUUCACUGUUACUGAAAGAUCAGCCCAGGUUUCUGGGCACAUGGCCUAAACAGAAAGAUGGAAGCAUCAGAGGAUUAAAAACCUUUCCCCGCAGAAAUGUGGGCAGAAGACACUUCCCUGAGCCAGCAGAAGGGACAGGUGCAGCAGCUUUCCACACCCAGGGAGGACAGCAGAGCCCUAAAUGUCCCACUUCUGCUUCCAUUCCCUUUCCAGAAGAUUAAAAAAAGUCAAAACCACAUGCCUGUGAAGAAAGUGCAACAUAUGUUUAGAAAUAUGGUAGAGAGAAACAGCAAGAGGCAAAGCUUUGCCAGCUAUUAUUAUAGAUGGGAGAAGAAAACCAUCAUGGUCCUAUCACAAGGUAAACAGACUUCCCUUUUCUGGAAUUCCAGUAGCACAGGAGGUCAAUUUCAGUUUCUCAUUCCAACGGAUUCAAUUUCUGGAUUAGGCAUUUUGGCUAUAUGCACACUGGUAACUGCAGAACCACAAUCCAUGGCUCAAUUUCAGCUAUAAAGUCACCCCAAUGCCAACAGGUGAUGUGAUGGGAAAUUUCACCUCUUUCUACCCUAAUCCCAGAGGUGGGAGAAGCAAGUCUAGAACAUUUCCAGGCUCAUAUCAAAGGGGAGUACUUGAAUUGCAACCAAGUAGCCACUGCAAAGUAAUUCCAAGCAGCAAGAAAAUCAGAUUCUCAUGAAGGCUACUGUAGGGUACAGAGUAACAACAUGAAAGCAAUCAAACCUGUAUAAAUAAUGUUUCUUUGCUGUUUUUUGUUAAUUAAAGAAGUCCAGUGUCUCAAAAA